GUGAGGAGGACCUGGCGGUGUGGUGGGCGGCGGCCGCGGAGCUGUGUGAGACAGCUGGUCACAGUCUUACACUGACUCCCUUCUGGAGCCCUCCACUGCUCCCUCUACUGGGUACAUUGCCCCACUUUCUCUACUAGGUAACAGUUCAAUAUUAGUCAACAAAACAUUGCAUGGAAAGUGUUCAAAGGAACUGUUUUGUACUGAUGCACCGACCUACGAGCCUACAUCGUGUGCUUACCAAGAGCGCCACUCACACACACUGCUAGACGAGCAAGUGUGUCCAUCGUCAGUGUGAGUGUGUCCUCAGAAGCGGUACGUCGCUGCUAGAUGUGAAGGUGAGGCGAGUGAACCUUGACUCCGUCGAACACACUCUUGCAGCCAGCUAUACCACCUCGCAGGUGACUUAAGAGGAAGACAUGCCUUCGAAGAAGAAACUGAAGAGCUAUUUAAAGAAAUUGACAACACCGCCCAAGGCCCAGGCGAGAAGGGAGUCGUCAGAGUCAUCCAGCCCUGGCAUCUUGGCCGCAGACUGUGAGUGGCAGGGCGACGGCUGGAGACGCCCAGGACGCUGGUCAGGUCAGUGGGACCAAGGCACGCCCUCCACACCCACCACGCCACAGUCAGUGCCUUCCACGCCUCCACCCAUGCCCGCGCCUCCACCUGAGCCACAAACCAACCUCGUCAGGAAUCCUUCAGAUAACAUCAGGAAGGACAGCCUCAAGAAUGAGAGCCCAGCCCCUUGGCGGAAAGACAGUCAAUCUAGGAAGGAAAGCCCUGGGCCAACUCACCAGCCCCUUCACACUUCUACACUUGUGAGUAUCUAAUGACCUCUUCUAAUA